AUAGUAGUCAAAAACGUUACAAAAUAAUUUCAAAUCUGCCGCCCAAAUGCAAGUCUUGAGUUUUUCUUCAUCGUCGCACGAGGUCCGACUGAACCAACGUGGGGAAAUGCUGCACGUGCAUCAGAUGGCUAGCAUCAGUAGAUUUUAGUUGACAACUUCGUGUUCACACAAGUAAUAAUACUAAUACGUCAGAUAACAUUUCUCAACAUGCCUUCUUCAAAAACGCAAGUUAUAACGAGCAAAAAGAAAAAGAAGAGCUUGGUUAGAGUGAGAGCUAGUUCUAAAGUGCCAGAAAAACACGAUCCAACAGAAGAAAAUGUUAAAAAACUAUUGUUAUUAAGUAAAAAAAAGAAUUCUGCAGCUGCAAUGGCUGAAAAGAUUUUCAAGCGAGCUACUCAAAAGCAUUAUGUUGUACCUGAAGAAAAGAAAGAAGAAGAAGAGUCAACCCUAUUUACUGAAGAAGAUUUCCAGAAAUUCGAAGCAGAAUACACUGGCGAUUAAAUAUCCACUUGUUAAAUUUGUAUUAUUUACUUUGUCAGUAAAACUUUACAAAAUAAUGACAGAUUCUGUAUCAUAUACAAUGUAUUAUAGUUAGAACAUUAUUACUAAAAGUGAUUUAAAUUAUUUUAAAUAAAUUUGAUUGUUUUUUUUUAAUA